CAGCAGCGAGUACAAACUGUUUUGUAGUGAAACACCUUUCUCGGGCUGAACAAAUCACCUAGCCACUUAAUAAGGUGCAUAUGGCGACGAUUUUCGAAGCCUACAGGAUGAUAAAGCAGUUGCUUCUGUUUUAAACAAUAUCAGCUGUAUAUCUCGAAACUGCUGGGGGUAACGUUUUGAUAAUCAAGUCGAUCGUCUGCAGUAUCAUGGUAUACUUGUUUUCUUCCACGCAUCAUAUCGACAUAUUUUCUGGGUAGGUGAUACCCAAUCAGUCGAAAUUUUGCAACUAUACCUAGCAUGACAUUAUACCUUGACCUAUCACAAUCAACUGCCUCCAAUACACAUGUACUGAAACAGCUAGGAGGAGGUUUGAACAUGAAUUCUUUUGGUUCUUUUCAUUUUAAUGGAAAUGCUAUAGAGCAGCAGCUCCAGGCAUCUCGUAAACAUGUGACAUAUCUGCAACAACAGCUCGGAGAACAGAAACACAAUGUGCGGCAACUUCAAGACCAAACUGAACAGCUUAAAAGGGAUGGUCAAGAAAAAGAGAAGAAAAACAAUCAGCUGAGGAAACAACUGGAGUCAUUGCGUGCAAAACAUUGCCAGUAUCCAACCAUAUCCAAACAACAUAAACCUUGGGCUUCCCUCAGUCGCAAUGGAAGAUGGGAAAGAAAACGCAACCUUGCACAGGCCUUUAAACGAAUUUCUGCUCCUGUCCACGAAGAGGUGAAAAGAAUUAAAGUGGAGUUAGAAUUUGCAGAAGGAGAGGUAAUGUCAUUAAUUGUUAGGGACUAUCGGAAGGACGAAGAGAAACUGGCAGAAACUGUAGAAAAAGAAGACCAGGAGAGAAAGAUACUGCAAGCUAAGGAUCAGUAUAGGAUCUCUUAUGAUGCACUUCAUGCACUGAGAAAAGCAGGAGUUAGCCACAUCCCAUCGAAGUACAGCCUGCUGAAUCUGGCCAAGCGCCUGUCAACAUACAUCCCGAUUAUUCAUCUUGGAAAGUCUGAAGCCCCAGAUGGUUACUACAGACCUCUGGCAGAUGUUCUGGAACACAUGCUAAAACUUCCCAAACACCAGCAUCUUCUGUGCUGUGAGCACCCAGUUGUCACUCUCCGAUUUGCAUGUGAUGGCGCCAAAAUAACUAAAACAAAGAACGCUGUCAGGGGUGUCUGCAAACUUAUUCUGCCUGAGGGUCAGCCACAGGAGACUGGCACACCUGAGGAUGAGGCAACACUUUUUCUGUACAUGGGAAAAGAGGAAUAUGGAACUCUGUUAGCACUAUCCACUAGAACAAGAGCUGAAAUGGCAGCUGCUUCAAAAGGCAUCCAAGUUGGUGAGAAAGUUAUUAGAGUAAACUGGCUCUUGUGUUCUGACUGGAAGGCAAUGGCUAUGAUGAGGGGCAUCAAUCAAGCAAGUUCCCAUGUUUUUUGCCUUUGGUGCAAAUGCAACAAAAGUAAUAUUAAAGACUUCACAGUGGAACAGUGGCCUGUUUCGAGGUCACCCACUGAUCAGACAGAAUGCCUGUCUCACAAUCCACGGGAUGGUUACAUCAAGCCAGACCUCUUGCCUUUCAUCCCUUACACCAACAUGAUUCCAGAUGAGCUUCAUCUGAGAAUAAGAAUCAGUAGCAAGCUCUUCAAUCAGGUUGUUAAGUGGGCCAUUGAGCAGAACAAGACAGCAGUACUGACGGAAGAACUAAAAAAACUGAACAUACCUUUCCAUUUCACUGAAGAGCAAGGGGAUGAUGGAAGAGGAAAGAUUAAGAAAUGGACCCAACUGAAUGGUGAUGCCCUUGAGAGUGUCCUACAGAAACUUCCACUGUACCGCAUUUUGGAUGAUGGAGUCAAGGGAAUAUUUAGACUGGAUCUGCUGCCCAAAAAUGCUUUGAGAGAAAUUUUGGAAGCAAAUGGCAUCAAAUCAAAGAAGGCCAAAAGCCAGAUGGUUAAGCAGCUUCAAACAGAGCUCACUCCACAAAAGCUUGUAGUAGACUUACAACUCCUGUGGGAGGAGUUCAGUACCUUGAUGGUGGCUCUCAAGACAACUUGUGGAAAAGGCACAAUGGAUAGCAGGACCUUCCAAGAUAGGGCAAGAAAAUGGGCUAAAGACUUCAUUAAAGUCACUUCUGAUCAGGACUUAAUUCCAUACAUCCACUGCUUGGUGUAUCAUGUUCCACAGUUUUUGGCAAAAUUUUCCUUUUUACCAAGACUUGGAAUAACCCAGCUGGAAAGAAAAAAUUAUGACCAUCACUUAGCUUACUUUUUUUCUUCAAGUAAACAGGGAGGAAAAACGAGGAAAAGUGUAUCAUUACAGAUCUUGGAGCGAGAAAAUAGACUGAUGGCCUAUAUAUCCCAACAAAAAGCCUCAACCUAGUAAAAGGAUGAGUAGGUAAAAAGUGAAGUGAUAAUUUGAGAAGAGAGAGAAUGUGUUUAUAUGCAAACAUGUUUUUUAGUAUCACUGGCUGUACAUUUAAAUUUAUUGAUUGCUGGUACCAGCUGAGUCAAUAGAGGCAGUAACUGACAUUUGACAUUCUAAAAUAUUUUUUUAACUUAAUUUAAAUCCAACAUUUUAAGUUUUCCUUAUUCCUUGGAUCAAAAUGUUUUGUGUUCAAAAUUUAUAUUUGUACACAUUCAGAAUGUUACCUCACCAUUUGUUGGUGAUUAGGCUAAGUUGUGGAAAGUGGAAGACAAUUAUUUCUUCGUGGGUGUUUCAAAAAUACGGUGUAGGGAAUCUUGAAGUUUGGAAUAGCUUUAUCUCCACAGCAGCUAACCAUUGAAAAACUGUGCAGCCACUUCCAAAUUUGUUUGAAUGAAAAAGCAACAAUAAGGUGUGGCACAUGUACAUGAAAUAUGAUGGUAGUGGUUCAUUUUUUUUUUUUGGAUGCAAAGGCACUUGAUCAAUUAGUAUGUUUGAGUAACUUGAUGUCAGACUGGAAAAUAUUUUCUUAUAUUAUGCUCUUAACUGAAUGCAUAUUGUUAUAUGACAUUGGCAAAUUUCUAUUUGGUUUUCAUGUAAACAAAAAAAAAA